AUGAGGGCGGCCGUACUCGCCGCCCGUUUGUGCUUGAAACACAAAAGUCUCCCCCUGCUCCGUCGAUUUCCUCAACAGUCAAUAUCACGACGUCUCAGCACAUCAUGGGCGCAGACUCCGAAACUCCCCCGGAGGGGAACCCUGCUCGUCGGGUUGGUGAUGGGGGCUCUGAGUCCGACCGCCUUCCUCAAGUUGGCCGAAGACACGAAGGACAAUGAGAAGACCGGGGAGAUGCAGAUGCUCGAGGUCUCGCGCGCAGAGAUCCGGAAGACAGUCCCGGCCGACGCGUACGGCCUCUCCAAGUUCUGUCACUCGGUGUAUGUCUUCUGGUAUUACUAUAUCUAUGAUCCAAUUGCGACGGGCGUCCGGUUUCUGCAUCUGGCCGUCAUUUUCAUUCCUGUCGUCGUGACGGUGCCCGCAAUAUGGCUGGGCCGCAGGGUUCGAACCAAAAAUGGAGCGCGCACGGGAACAAUUUGGUGGUAUAAGUUCCUGGUCAACGCAAUGGAGCGUGCAGGGCCUGCAUUUAUCAAGCUUGGACAAUGGGCUGCAUCGCGGACGGACAUCUUUUCUCCUGAAAUGUGUACUAUCAUGUCAUCACUCCAUUCACAUGCCCCCGCACAUUCUCUGCAUGAAACCAAACGCACCAUCCGAAAGGCCUUCAACGGCCUUCCCUUUGAAGACAUAUUCGAGGAGUUCCAAGAAGAACCCCUCGGGGUUGGGGCUAUUGCCCAAGUAUACAAAGCGAAGCUCAAGCCAAAUCUGGCUGCAACCAAUGACCACGAACUUGGGGAAGAGCCCGAGACGCUGAGCUCAAGGGUUCGCAAGAAUGUCGACGUGUUGGUGAAGAGUACACCGCAGCGAGUGCCGUCGUCCUACGUGGCGGUCAAAGUGCUCCAUCCCAAAGUCGAGCGGUUAAUUCGCCGAGAUCUGCGAAUCAUGUCGUUCUUUGCGUCGCUCAUCAAUACUAUCCCCACGAUGCAUUGGCUGUCUUUCCCCGAUGAGGUCCAGCAAUUCGGCGAGAUGAUGAAAUUACAACUGGAUCUUCGCAUCGAAGCGACAAACCUAGUCAUGUUCCGCCAGAAAUUCAGGUCUCGUACGACAGCCUGGUUCCCCUACCCCUACCUGGAGUACACGACGCGGGAGGUCCUUGUGGAGGAGUUUGCGCAAGGUAUCCCUCUAGCCACCUUCCUGGAAAUCGGAGGCGGUGUCUAUCAGCACGAGAUUGCUAACGAGGGUUUGGAUGCCUUCUUGCAUAUGCUGUUGAUCGACAACUUUGUUCACGCAGAUUUGCACCCGGGCAACAUCAUGGUUCGAUUCUAUAAGCCUAGUGAACUCGAUCUGUCGCUCCGCAAGCAUUCGCGUGCCACAGAUGCCCCGACUCGAGCGGAGGUGGAUGUGACCGAAGCAGUCCUGGCACGAUUACGACCGCAUACAGACAACGUCAAGCACUGGGAAGCCGCCCUCGCCCAGCUCAAUGAUGAAGGCUAUCGCCCACAAUUGAUCUUCAUCGACACCGGUCUCGUAACUGAGCUGAACGAUAAGAACCGCCGGAAUUUCUUGAGCCUAUUCCGCGCCAUCGCUGAAUUCGAUGGCUAUAGAGCCGGCGAGCUUAUGUGCGAGAGAUCUCGCACACCCGAAGAGGUCAUCGACCCGGAUAUCUUCGCCUUGAAGAUGCAACACCUCGUCUUGAGUAUCAAGUCCCGGACAUUUGCGUUGGGGAAUAUCAAGAUCGGCGACGUCCUUAGUGAAGUGUUGACCAUGGUUCGCGAUCAUCAUGUCCGAUUCGAGGGCGAUUUUGUCAACGUCGUCAUUUCCUGUCUCUUGUUGGAAGGCAUUGGACGCAGCCUUGACCCGAACCUAGAUCUCUUCAAGAGUGCGCUUCCUAUACUCCGACAACUGGGUUCUGGUGGCACAUUCUUGCAGACUGUUCGCUCGGGCGACACUUCCAUGCUCCGGGUUUGGGUGGGCUUGGAAGCUCGCGGGUUACUGCAGGCCAGUAUCGAGAGCGUCGAGCAGUGUGUCAAGUAUGACCAGUUGUCUCCGAACAUAUAA